UUGAAGUAUUGGUGUCUGUAGGAUUAGUUGUUGUCAAGAGCAUCUACACGUUUGAAAAGUCAGGGUGCACGUCAUCUCAGAAAAUGCCACGUUUCAAAAAGACUCGGAAGUUUGCAGUUCAAAGGAAAAUCCUCAAAAUGACUGAUGCCAGAUUAAAACCUGAAGACAGAGUCAUCAGAAAGAAGAAGAAGGAUGAAAAUGAUAUACCAAAAUAUGAAGCACCACAGACAACUUCUGCCCUCUUCUUCAAUUACAACACCCAGCUUGGACCACCCUUCUUAAUAUUACUGGACACAAAUUUCAUAAAUUUUGCAAUAAAAGGCAAAGUGGAUCUUAUUGAUGGUAUGACAGACUGCAUGUAUGCCAAAUGUAUACCUUACCUCACUGAGUGCGUGAGAGGAGAAAUGGAGCGGCUUGGUGAGCGCUACAGACUGGCUCUCAAAAUACUCAAAGAUCCUCGCAUCAAAACUCUAACUUGUUCUCAUAAAGGAAUAUAUGCAGAUGACUGCAUUGUGGAGAGGGUCAGAGAGCACAAGUGCUACAUCGUGGCCACGUGCGACAAGCUUCUCAAGCGCCGCAUCAGGAAAAUUGUUGGAGUCCCCAUCAUGAGCGUCGGCCAGCGCAAGUUCGUCAUCGAGAGGAUGGGAAUGGGAGUUUAGUUAAGCAAUAAAUAAUAUAAUUUCU